CUCCUCCCGCUCCUGAAGUUUGCAAUGGCAGUGACUCCCUCCCCGGGAGCCCCCGGCCACCGCGCUCUGCGGGAGGACAGCAAGAGCUGCCGCCGAGCCGAAGGGGUGUAUUAUCUGCGGCGCCGCGCACCGGGCGGGGACCUGCCGGGGAGAGGGAGGCGUCGGGGCUGGCGGGCCACACCAUCUCCUGGGGCCCCUAAAAGGCCCCAAUCCGCCCUGGGACCCCAGUAGGGGCCUUACUCCCCAGCGACCCCUCGCCCUUAGCAAAGGGCCCCAAUUCUUGGGGCCGCAACCCCGGGCAACCAUCCGGAAUUCAAGGCCGCACCGGCCAAGGCUGGGUGCGCCCCCUCCCCUCAGCGAUGACCGGCUGGCCCCACCCCCGCCGAGACCAAGUUCAACAAGUUUGCCCAAGAAGUCCUAGCUAGAGCCUCCAUGGCUAGGCCUGGCCCGGCCGCUCCACGUGGGCUCCAUGGGCUCCGGGUCGUGCAGCGCCGGGCCCGCAAGAGGGCCAGGUCGAAGGGAGCCGUCCUUAAGGGUUGAGGUUAGAGACGGCAGACCCUGGCCUCCGAGGUUUGGUGUGAGCGCUCCGGCUUUGGAGCGCGUCAUCAGGGAGCAGGCACCUCAGGCGGCAGCUCUAACCGCCACCAUUCCGUGCUGCGGGGACACCAUGGCUCCAGAGGAAGAUGCUGGAGGGGAGGCCCUAGAGGGCAGUUUCUGGGAGGCCGGCAACUACAGGCGGACGGUGCAGCGGGUGGAGGAUGGGCAUCGGCUGUGUGGGGACCUGGUCAGCUGCUUCCAGGAGCGCGCCCGCAUCGAGAAGGCCUAUGCCCAGCAGCUGGCCGAAUGGGCCCGCAAGUGGAGGGGCUCCGUGGAGAAGGGCCCUCAGUACGGCACGCUGGAGAAGGCCUGGCAUGCCUUCUUCACUGCGGCCGAGCGGCUGAGCGCCCUGCACCUGGAGGUGCGGGAGAAGCUGCAGGGCCAGGACAGCGAGCGGGUGCGCGCCUGGCAGCGGGGGGCCUUCCACCGGCCUGUGCUGGGCGGCUUCCGCGAGAGCCGGGCUGCCGAGGACGGCUUCCGCAAGGCCCAGAAGCCCUGGCUGAAGAGGCUGAAGGAGGUCGAGGCUUCCAAGAAGAGCUACCACGCGGCCCGGAAGGAGGAGAAGACAGCCCAGACUCGGGAGAGCCACGCGAAGGCAGACAGCGCCGUCUCCCAGGAGCAGCUGCGGAAGCUGCAGGAGCGGGUGGAACGCUGCUCCAAGGAGUCGGAGAAGAUGAAAACCCAGUACGAGCAGACACUGGUGGAGCUGCAUCGUUACACCCCACGCUACAUGGAGGACAUGGAGCAGGCCUUCGAGACCUGCCAGGCUGCCGAGCGCCAGCGGCUUCUCUUCUUCAAGGAUAUGCUGCUCACCUUACACCAGCACCUUGACCUCUCCAGCAGUGAGAGGUUCCACGAACUCCACCGAGACCUGCAUCAGGGCAUCGAGGCAGCCAGCGACAGGGAGGAUCUGCGGUGGUGGCGCAGCACCCACGGGCCGGGCAUGGCCAUGAACUGGCCCCAGUUUGAGGAGUGGUCCUUGGACACACAGAGGACAAUCAGCCGGAAGGAGAAGGGUGGCCGGAGCCCUGACGAGGUUACUCUGACCAGCAUCGUACCCACAAGAGAUGGCGCUGCAUCCCCACCCCAGUCCCUGGGGUCCCCAGGCAGCGGGCAGGAUGAGGAGUGGUCAGAUGAGGAGAACCCCCGGAAGGUUGCUACUGGGGUCCGGGUGCGGGCACUCUAUGACUACGCGGGCCAGGAAGCUGAUGAGCUGAGCUUCCGAGCAGGGGAGGAGCUGCUGAAGAUGAGCGAGGAGGAUGAGCAGGGCUGGUGUCAGGGCCAGCUGCAGAGUGGCAGGAUUGGCCUGUACCCUGCCAACUACGUGGAGUGUGUGGGGGCCUGACCUGCCCUGGCAGCCCUUCUGCAACGUUUCUCCACCCUGGGUCAGAGGCCAGCUUGUCUGGACAGCCGGACCUGAGGGCCCUGAACCAUCCUGCCCCUGCUGCCCCUCUGUCCCUUGAGGAGGGAGGAAGUCCUGGGACCCAGGGAACGGGAGGGGCCUGUGUCUAAGAAGGGACUGGUAGGGAAGGGCCAACUGAGUCUAGGUUGAGGGGAAGAUGGGGAGGUCAGGAGGUGACAGAAGGGCCCAGGGGUGCCUGGGCCUCCCCAAGAGUCCUCCAGUCUCCCCAGGAGCUGUGGACGCAGUUCCUGAUCUCUGUGUUUUGGGGUUCCUGGGGUUGGCUUGGGGUGAGUGUAGUUCUGGGCUAGCAGCACUCUUUUGUGGCUUGUUCUAGUGUGUAUUAAACUUGGAAGAAAAACCAAAACAAAA